AUGGCUCUCAACUUGAGUGAAUCGAGGCGUAUGGCAGAAAGGAGAAAUAUGUCGAGUCCUAUCCCUCCCCGACUUGCUCAAAUUCCUGACAGUCUGGCUGGGGGUAGUCUUAAGCAGCACUUGCAGCAACAGAGAAGGACUUCUCGCAACAUUUCGCCAAGACCUGAUAUAGCUCUGUCUCCAAGGAUUAUGUCGCCAUCGACAAUGGCUAGCGCGUUGCAGUCUUUCGAUCAUGAUGGCAGUUACCAAUACCAUUUCUCGUCUUCAACUCUUAAUCGGGCUCAGAAGGCGAAGGACUACCUUGGAUUGAUGGCUCAAUACAGAAGGCUACUACAAUUUCUUCCACCACUCAAACAGGACGUCCGCUCCCGACCUUCGUCUUCUAACCUUUCAACGCCCUCCGUAUCUCUUGGAUCGCCCCUGAACCCCCUUACUGGCGCACCGCAAGUCUCACUGGGUCGGGCUUACAACCCCCUUCAAUAUAUCCGGAACCGAAAGGUUCGAGCUCGGGAACGCAAAGCUAUUGAUGGAGAGGCGCAAGGCUUCUCAGAUAUUUCAAGGGUGACGGGUUGGAUUGACGAAGCAGCAACAUCCGCAGCGACAUCAGCCCUAUCACUUGGGCCUACUUCGCUUCCUCAUUUUCCGGGAGCACACGAACGUCCUGAUCAAGACCUCCCCCCUUCUAAUAUACCGAAACCGAUCUCAACAAUAGCGAAACCUAAACGGCUAAGAAUCGAUUGGACCAUUGAUCCCGCAGAUAUGCUUGCGGAUGCCUACUGGCUAGAACAAGGAGAUAACAAAUAUCUCCUUGAAGACCGUCAUUAUUCCAAGAUUUUCCCGCGAAAGCCGGAAGCCCAAGUCCCAAUAUCCUACCAGGCAAAUGAACCUGUCACAUCUGCCCUUUCCGCAUCUUCUACUAGGGAAGGCGACGUGGGCGAUGCCACUGCUGCUUCAGAGACAGACCAUACAAGUCCAACUAAGAUAGAGUUCGAGGUGCCUUCUUUAAGCGCACGGGAGCGUGCCCGUCAAAAACUUCAAGAUCUAAGGGGAAUGCACCACAAACAGAAUAAUGCUUCCCAUAGCCACGACUUCUUACGAUUUAGGAAGGGCUCAUUGUCAGAUACAUCGGAUAGUGAAAGUGAUCGCAAGCGACGAAACCGUACCGGUACUAUUAGUGCUAACGGCACGGAUCUGCUGGAAAAACAGAUGAUGGAAAUGUUAGCAAAGGAAGUUAAUGAGGGGCAGAAAAUCUCGGAUGAGACUGAUAUUGGGCGCCUCAAGCAACUGCCUGCAAACAUGGCGACGUCUGAGAAGACUUCCCAUACUCCGGAGCAGAUGCCCAGUCGCAGGGAUUCACGAGUCGACAUUGUUGAUAAUCAUGAUAAAGCCAGCCGUGGAAAAGUAUUACAGGGGUCUCCGGCAGGGUCAGGGCGUGCCAGUCUUGAGGUCCCUGGUCAGAAUUAUAGAUUAUCGGUAGAGUUGGACUCUUCUCGGCCGGAGUCGCCAGAGAUAAGACCGCGAGGUCGCAAUAUUUAUAUGCCAACCAUUGGCAUGGAUAUAUCCCCGCCUGAUAGCCGACCAGGGUCUCCCGGCCGAAAGCCUUUCUCAAGGGUCAAGAAUAUCUUCCGCGAUCGUAGUAAGGAGCGAGAACGCGGUGCUGAUCAUUUGGUCCGCGAAAAAGGUGACAAGGCGGAUAGUCCUACUGAGCAGCCUGAGCUACUAAGUCCCUCUACUGGGACUACGGAGCGAUUUGGUUCGCCUGAUCGGCGUAGGUCUAAGAGCCUCACACGCAAGCUCAACUCGCGAAAUACCAACGAGAGUCAUAAAUCACACCGUAGCAUGGGAAGUAUUAAACUAAAACCCGAUGAGCAGGUCGGUCUUCGAACUAUUUUUAAAGGAGGUGCCAAAUUAGAUGGCAUGAUACGGGGCGGCGUUUCUAAGGUCACUGAUUUCUUAUGGAAGAAGGAUUCUGACGCUGAGGAUGUUUCGUCAUCUUCGAGCGAAGAUUCAGAGGAGGACUCUAAGAGAGGUAGAAUUAGAAGCUCUUUUACCUUGUCUCGUAGCAACUCGCGACGUCGGGAUGAGAGUAGCCGUCAUAAGAACUACCUGGACGUUAUGCCUCCAUUCAAAUCGGCGUCGGUAUCCUACGAUAAGCCGAUCUCUAAAGAGCUGGAACCCCUUGCUCUAACGCACACUACAUCACGACCUACUAGAUCGCCCAGGUUUGACAGACUGAAACCGCCUCGGAUCGACAUCCGCAAGGCUUCGCCUCCGUUGGAACUGGAACACGCCAAGCUCCAUCUGCUCCGCGACUCGGAUGUCUCCGAUACGGAAUCACGCCCGCGCGAUUCGAGCGAUAAGCCGCGGGAUAUCUUAAUAGACCUGGCUGAUAUGUCCUCUCUUCCAGCUUCGCAGAACCGAUACCGACCCCGACUCGGUUCUCGGACGUUCUCAGAGAGUGCCCGCCACUGGUCAAUCUCGAACGGUAGCCGGACACCCCAAGGCACACAGAUUUCUAGGCGCGAGAUCGCACGUAUCCGCGCGCUAAUCUUGUGUUCUGGUAUCAAGGCGAUGGAAAUUUCGCGGCGUGCGCACGAGCAGUACAUGCUUUCUACGCUCGACGACAAGACCGUCGGGUUGCCGUGGGCAGGUAUCCUCCAGUUCCUACCGGACAAAUCAUCCAGCAUCGUUGUGUCGGAGGCGCAACUAUAUCCGGCUACAGCGCAGAUACUCUCGGAGAGCAUCGCCCGUUCGAUCCAGGCCUCGGAGACUAGCAGAGCGCGGUUUGCGGGUGAGACUGUACCUGCCCUGUACCGGCGCGUGGAUGUCUUGCAUGACCGUGUAGGCGGCGACUUGAUGGAGAUGACGCGGCGUGCAGCGGACGAAGCGGAUGAGGUGAACCGCGACCUGGUGGAUGCACAGCGACUUAAGGCGAAGCGUGUGACGGACACUAUGGAUAAAAUGCUGCGACGUCGAAGACGCCGGUUCCGGUGGGCUCGCCGUGCCGGUUGGCUCGCCGUCGAAUGGGUGCUCGUCGGGUUCAUGUGGUACGUCUGGUUCGUAGUCAUGCUUGCCCGUAUAGUACUAGGCGUGGGGAAAGGUGUCGUGGGCGUCGUGAGGUGGUUGCUCUGGCUAUAG